AACAUUGCAACUGCGUAUUAUCGAUCAGUAAUGCCAAGUUGCCGUUUAUUUAAUCCAUUCGUCGUCAGCACGCCGAAACUUCCCACUCGCACACUUGUUCUCGCUUUCGGACACUAUAUACAUGUUCGGACACACAUUCUAUAUAUAGUAGCCUCAAGAUCGUUCAUGAAUCUGAAGAAGAUUAAUAUAUAUAUGUAUGUGUAUAUAUAUAUAAUUCUUAAUUUGUCAUGUUUUUUUUGUAGAUACAAGAAUGUAGUGUAAAUUUUGCUCACUACACACCCUCGUGCAUUGAACUUGCAGCGUAUAAAUACAGAGCCUCCUCUGUUGCCAAUGUUCAUUCUAAUAUUUUCUUUAAAGCGAGAAUCAUGGAUGUGUCUGAAUUUAAACAUUUGAAUAGGAAUAACGAUGUUUCGGAGGUGUCCAAGGUGCCUUUGGAUGUGUCUGAAUUUAAACAUUUGGAUAAGAAUAAUGAUGUUUCGGAGGUGUCCAAGGUGCCUUUGAUUGACUUCAAGGGAAUGUGUCAUCCUGUGCGUAGAACUGUUAUUGUUGAAGAGAUUGUGCGUGCUUGCACCAGUAAUGGCUUCUUUCAAGUGAUCAACCAUGGCGUCCCGCAGGGGACGCUGGACGGGGCGUUGUCUGUGGCGGCGAGCUUCUUCGAGCUACCGUACAACGACAAAGCGAAGUUCAUGUCGAGCGACGUCCACAAUCCGGUCCGGUUCGGGACAACCCUCGGAAUCGACCGGCGGGUCCCUUUCCGGCGAGUCUUCCUCAAGCACUACGCCCACCCCCUCCGGGAUUGGGUCGGGCUCUGGCCCGACACCCCCUCUGAUUACAGGGAGAAAAUGGGCGAAUACGUCGUCGAAGUUCAAAAGCUAGCUCGGACGAUAAUGGCGGCGCUAACGGAAGGCCUCGGGCUCGGGGGCUCGUAUCUGAGCACCGAGCUCGACGACGGGAUGCAAGUGAUGGCCAUUAAUUGCUACCCGCCGUGCCCGCAGCCGGCGCUGGGUCUGCCGCCGCACUCUGACUACAGCUGUCUGACGAUCGUCCUGCAGGACUCGUCGGGGCUGCAAAUCCUCGACUCAUCAGACAUGUCGUGGAAGACAGUCCCGAUGAUCCCCGGCGCCCUCCAGGUGAACGUCGGGGAUCACCUCGAGGUCGUCAGCAACGGGCGCUACAAAAGCGUCGCCCAUAAGGUCACCAUUAAUAGCGAUGACUCGCCGCGCCUUUCGCUCGCCAGCCUCCACAGCCUCGGCAUGGACGUAAAAGUCGAGGCUGCCCGGGAACUGGUCGACGCUGAAAAUCCCGAAAAGUAUCGGCGGAGCAGUUUCCGCGACUUCUUGAACUUCAUUUCGGAGAACGACAUCGGCGAAGGCUGUAGCUUUCUCAACACGCUUAAAAUUCGCAUGUAGUCGACGUUUUUUGCUCGGCCGGAUUCACUGUUUCAGACAGUGAAGACAGCGGCGACUUAUCGUUUUCGAUCUUGGUCGUUGUUUUCGAAAGGGCCUGUCUUGAUCGGGUCCGGUUCAUGUACGAGGGGGAUUGCUAAUUAUCUAUGUAUCUGUUAUGACAA